AUGCGUCCAACCGACGAGGUCACGCGUGCAACCGACGAGGUCACGCGUCCAACCGACGAGGUCAUGCGUCCAACCGACGAGGUCACGCGUGCAACCGACGAGGUCACGCGUGCAACAGACGAGGUCAUGCGUCCAACCGACGAGGUCACGCGUGCAACCGACGAGGUCACGCGUCCAACCGACGAGGUCAUGCGUCCAACCGACGAGGUCACGCGUGCAACCGACGAGGUCACGCGUGCAACCGACGAGGUCAUGCGUCCAACCGACGAGGUCACGCGUGCAACCGACGAGGUCACGCGUGCAACCGACGAGGUCAUGCGUCCAACCGACGAGGUCACGCGUCCAACCGACGAGGUCACGCGUCCAACCGACGAGGUCACGCGUCCAACCGACACGGUCACGCGUGCAAGUGACGAGGUCACGCGUGCAACUGACACGGUCACGCGCCCAACCGACGAGGUCACGCGUGCAACUGACACGGUCACGCGUGCAAGUGACGCAGUCACGUUUCCAACUAGCAUUUUCGUGUAUAACUGA